GGGAGUGAGUGCAGCAGCGUCUCUCUGAACAUUACAGCGGAGGAUGCAGCAGCUCUGAUGAUCCGAUGCUCUGAAGGUAAAAUCCUACAAACAGGAGAGAGAGUGGAGCUGUAGGUCUACAUGCUUCUGUCCGACUGUAGGCACAAUGGUUGCUGCUGUACGGCCACUCUUCCUACUCCUGUUUCUGUCCUGCUGCCUUCUGUCUUCUUCCAAAGAAGGAAAAUCCACAAAGAAAGGAAAGAAAGGGAAACAGGUCGUCUGUCCAUCUCAACUGUCACCUGAAGAUCUGGCUAAUGUUCCGGCUAACUCCACCUCCAAUAUUUUGAACCGGCUAAUGGUGAGCUACGACCCCCGAAUAAGACCCAACUUCCAAGGGAUCCCUGUGGAGUCCAGAGUGAACAUCUUCAUUAACAGCUUCGGCUCCAUCCAGGAGACCACCAUGGACUACAGAGUGAACAUCUUCCUCCGUCAGCGGUGGAACGACCCCCGUCUUCGUCUACCAACAGACUUCAAGAGUGAAGCUCUGACUGUCGAUCCAAAAAUGUUUCAGUGUUUGUGGAAACCAGACCUUUUCUUUGCCAAUGAGAAGAACGCCAACUUCCAUGAUGUGACACAGGACAACAUCCUGCUCUUCAUCUUCAGAAAUGGAGAUGUGCUGAUCAGCAUGAGGUUGUCAGUUACGCUUUCCUGUCCAUUGGAUCUCACUCUCUUCCCUAUGGACACCCAGUUGUGUAAGAUGCAGCUGGAGAGCUUCGGAUAUACCACCAGUGACCUGGUGUUCAUGUGGCAGUCAGACCCGGUUCAGAUGGACGAGAUCGCUCUGCCACAGUUUGACAUCAAGCAAGAGGAUAUCAAAUAUGGAAACUGCACCAAGUACUACCAGGGGACGGGUUAUUACACAUGUGUGGAGGUGAUCUUCACACUGCGUCGGCAAGUUGGCUUUUACAUGAUGGGUGUCUACGCUCCCACGCUGCUCAUCGUUGUCCUGUCAUGGUUAUCAUUCUGGAUCAAUCCAGAUGCAUCAGCUGCCCGAGUCCCCCUAGGUAUCCUGUCCGUGCUGUCUCUGUCCAGUGAGAGCAUGUCACUGGCGUCAGAGUUACCAAAGGUUUCAUACGUGAAGGCCAUCGACAUCUGGCUCAUCGCCUGUCUGCUCUUUGGGUUUUCAUCUCUGGUGGAGUAUGCUGUUGUUCAGGUGAUCUUAAACAGCCCCAAACUGAUUGAGGAGGAAAAGGCCAAGAUGGCGACCAAGGAGAAAGCUCUGAAAGAGCAAGAAGGAAAGAAGCCUCAAAAUAAUAAAAGUAACAACACAGUGAACGGGACAGGAGGAACACCCAUACAUGUCAACACCCUGCAGGUGGUUGAAACUCGCUGUAAGAAGGUUUGCACUUCCAAGUCUGACCUUCGCUCCAACGACUUCAGCAUUGUGGGAUCUUUACCGCGAGACUUUGAACUUUCUAACUUUGACUGCUACGGUAAACCAGUGGAGGUUUCCGGAGCGUUGAAGUCCCAGAACAAAGCCAACAAGAAACCCCCCCCACCCAAACCUGUCAUUCCUGCUGCUGCUAAACGCAUCGACCUGUACGCUCGAGCGCUGUUCCCGUUCUCCUUCCUGUUCUUCAACGUGGUCUACUGGUCCGUCUACCUGUGAGGAAACACCUGAUGGACUUACAGAGCUCAUCAAAGAGGGAACAAUACCCCCCAAAUACCCAAAUAUUCAAACUUUACCCUGAAAGCAACCCAAAUAUAUGAAACUUUAACCUGUAAAUAACAGAAAAAUUAAAACUUUACCCUAAAUAUAUCAAAAUAUUCCAACUUUACCCUGAAAAUAUCAGAAAUAUUCAAACUUUAUCCUGAAAAUAACAAAAAAUUCAAACUUUACCCUAAAUAUAUCAAUAAUAUUCAAACUUUACCCUGAAAAUAACAAAAUAUUCAAACUUUAUCCUGAACAUAACAAAAAUAGUCAAACUUUACCCUGAAAUACCAAAAAUAUUCCAAAUAUACCCUGAAAAUAACAGAGAAAUUCCAACUUUACCCUGAAAAUAUCAAAAAUAUUCAAACUUCAGCCUGAUUAUAUCAAAAAUAUUCAAACUUCACCCUGAUAAUAUCAAAAAUAUUCAAACUUCAGCCUGAAAAUGUCAAAAAUAUUCAAAUGUAGCCUGAUGAAACCAAAUCAUCAGCAUCCGGUUCUUCUCUUUAUGCCUGCAUGUAAUCCUAGUAGCAAACUUUGAGCUUCAUGUAAUCUUCGCUGCUGUUCCACCAAAAAUCUGCGCUGUGCUUUAGAAAUGCUCGCUUUGACUGCGGCUAACAUUAUGGCUAACUAUGUCAACUCUAAACCCCCUCAGAUACCUCUC